AAUUAUAGUGCUGACCUAAUCCCAAAAGGUUUCUUUGUGGUCACUACUUUGAUAACGGUUCAACUUGCAAACGGUGAAUUAUGGGUUCGUAUUUAAUAAUAGCAGUCUUGUUCGUUUUAAAAACGUCCAAUGCAGCGUUGGUGUUCGACUUCCUGGAGGACCUCAGUUGCCCACCGGGCGGUAACCACAUAAAUUCAACUUUGGUGCCGUACUAUAUCGACUACUUGACGGACGAUUAUCCGAUUGAUAUGCACAACCACAUGCUUUCUUCACUCCAGGAUUUUCUGUACAAGGAUUUUAAAUAUGUGACGCUUGCGGUCGACCAUAAACUCCAUCUGCCGUACGGGACCAAGGUGUGCAUCCCGGCGAUGAACCACCACUACCUCAAGUUCAUUAACUUUGAAAUUAGAGAUACGAGCGAAGAACUGGACUCUAGAGGCUACGAACAGUUUAAUGUUUUUGUCAGUUCUAAAAAAGACACUUAUGAUAAGGUGAUGAAUCGAGAUGUUGGUCUAUUUAUUUAUUUCUAGCAGAGUACUCCAAAGGUACAAAGUUCUGUAUUUUAAUUUUUAUUCACUUUAAAUAAUUUUUAUCUUCUUAUCCUCUUGCUUUAUGAGCAAUUACUUUGUACUAAUACUUAAUUAGGAAUUUCUUGUAAGAAUAUUUUAUGUAUCAGUAUUUCUUUAUAUAUAAUUUGCUCUAAAAUAAAUAAAUCAUAAGUGUAAA